AUUUGGGGUUUUCUCCGUUUACUUCAGGUUCUGUCCAGUGAGUCUCUGUGAUGUCGCGUCUCUUUCCCCCUUGAUUGUUUCCUCUGUGUGUCGUUCCCAGUAAUGACCUCCUGUGUAUUUAAGUCCACCUGUUGCCUUUGUCUGUUGUCGGGUCCUUGUCUUGUCGCUGUUCGUUUGUAGUGUCGUACUGUAAGUCGUCUGCUCCUGUCCAUUUGUUUAACCUGUUGCUACCAGUGUGAGCCUUGGCCUCCUCUCUGCUGUGCUGCCAGUGUUUUGGAACCUUUUUUCAUCAUUAAAUAUCCUUCAUCACUGCAACCUGGGUCCAAAGCGAUUCGGCCUCACCACCGUCACUGCGCAAAUCAUGAGACUGGCUUUCAGUAGAUUCUCUGCAGACGACAAACUCGCCUUCAUCUCUGCACAGUUCUGUUCUGUCUUUCAACUGUCUAGUCAAAGUAAAACAGAAAAGAUGGGGAAAAUUAAUGGAUGCCUGAAAGUUGUGUUCAUCAUUUUCAAUUCCUUGUUUACAUGCCUCGGGAUCUGGAUGAUGUACAGUUUAGGACGUGCCAUGACCUAUGGGCAUCAGAUGGGAGGAGUGGACAACCAGAGCACGAUCUAUGCUUGGGUUUUUGCCAUCGGUGUUGUUGGGAUCUCCACACUUGGGAGCCACGCUGCACGCACUGAGAAUAAAUGCUGCCUCACUGCUUUUGCAGUUUUCAUGGGGAUUGGAAUGGUCCUCAUGCUCAUCUUUGGAGUUGCUGCCAUUGUUUUAAAAAACCAGCAUUGUGGUGCAGCUGUGGAGAGAUGUGACUUGGACUUGGAGCUUUGGUUCAACGUUGCCAUUGGGAGCAAUUUUGGAUUUGCCUUCAUUGCUAUGAUGGGCUUGAUCAUCUCCACUAACAUGAUUAGUCAGAUCAAUCAUCACGACCGCGCCAGAGUGCCAGCUAUUGCAAUGAGUGCUUACUGACCAAUCAAGAACCUCCAUGGCUUGAUGGGUUUAUGGAAUGAUGUAAGAAUAUUGUUCAGGUUUUCAUAAUGUUUGUUUACCUUGGCAUUAGUUGCCACAUGAAAAUGUUUGAAACCCUGACUGUGGUAAAAAUGACCCCAUUUCCUCAUGUUGCAACCAUACAUGUUGUAUUUUAUGAUUGUUUCUGUUUUCAGCUGCAACAUUUCACACAAGCUUCAUGUUCCCACUGCUGCACUCAGUUUUUCAUCUUUUUCUCUCACGAUUUGGUUUUGGGUUUAGAUGAAACUUUAAAACUCACUACAGUUGAGGUUGCAGACAUUUACCACGUCCUGCCAAAAGAAAUCACAUAGUUUUCCAACUAAUCAAUGCUCCACCUACUUACUUUGUCUUUUUUUUUUCUUUUAACCUACUUUACUACAUUUGUAACAAAAUCUAUAAAUUAAAUGACUGUGGGUAUUUGUGAUAGUUUUCUUUCUGUUUCUGGGCUUUAUUAUUGCCAAAAGGUCUUGCCAUAUUUUUUUCUGUUUUGUUCAUUAUUACUGCUAGAAGAAUCAUUCUUUUGUGUUCAGUUUCUUAUUUCUUAUGUUCUUCCCUCUGUGUCAUUUGCUUUUUUCUGUUGUAUAAAUGUGAGACUUUUAAAAUUUUUCAUUUUGAGUCUUAGUUGAACUCCAUGUUUGUUGGUUAGUUUCCUCCUCAGGUUUUCUUUCGAUCAGACUCACCUGGAUCCAGUGUCAUUCUCCAGCCUUUCCUCAGUCGUGAAUCUUAUUUUCCAUGAUUUCUUCCUGGAUUUUUCUGUUUUGCUCCUCCAGUUUUGAUGCCGUCCUCUUACCAUUUUAAACUCGUAAGUUUUCCUUUUUGUCAGCUUCUGCAUUUCGUUCCUGUUUCAACAAAAUGGCCCCGACUUUUAAGAUGACUUCAAACAGUGGCAACAAUCUUUGGUAAUAAAGUUUAAAAUUAUUAUGUGAAUAAAAAUGGGAAAACAUUACUUUA